GGUGGGAGGAAGCGAACUGUGAAACACCGCGGAGGUAAACUCGGUGUUUCGGACUGAAGUGACCGGAGACCGGUGGAUCUGUAGCGGCGGACAGCGGAGACUCUCGCCGGGCUGUGAUGAACCUCUGCGGGGUAAAAGCUCACCGAAGCCCCGCUGUUUAAAACACCUGGAGGACCAAAGUUGGACUCAAACUUUCCACCGUGAACUCCGCGUCUCCGUGUGGCCUGUUACCGGGAGACUCCUCCACAUGUGUCCGCCUCUCUGCUAGUUCAACCAGGUGAGCAGGCCGUGUUUCUACGGGGACCUGCGCAGGUAACACGGAUAGCUUUACCUUUACGCACGCGCUGACGCACGGAUAUAUUUGACGCUCCCUGUUUGCCCCACGGAUCUACGGAAGAGAAGAGAACCGGAGAGGCUCCAGAGCAGCCGGAGGACGGGAAUGGAUGUACCCGGAGAGAGAGAGCCUCAGCGGGGGAAGGAACCGAGGAUCCCCGCGGUGAAGAGGAGGAGGAGAGCGGCGAUGGAGACGGCGCUGGCCGUCGGUUUGGUCUGCCUCCAAGUCCUCUCCAUCCACGCCGCCUCCCUCCAGUUCACCAAGGAGCCAAAGUCCCAGGAUGCUUUGCACGGCCGCAGUGCCAUGCUCCGCUGCGAGGUCAGCGACCCGACUGAUGUCCAGUACGUCUGGCUUCACGACGGGCAGCGUCUGCAGGACGACGACCGCCGCUUCCAGGAAGGGGGCAACCUGAAGUUCACAGCAGUGGAUCGGCUAUUGGACGCCGGAAACUUCAUGUGCAGAGCGGAAAACCCGGCGACGGGGGACUCGCUCCUCUCCACCAACGCCUCCUUCAACAUUAAGUGGUUAGAGAGCGGCGGCGUGACUCUGAAGGAGCCGGCGUCAGAGGGCGAGAUUGAGAGCUCUGCGCCCGUCACGCUCCGCUGUCACAUCGAUGGACACCCGCGGCCGACGUGUCAGUGGUUUAAAGAUAGCGUGAAGCUGACAGAGAAGAGCCAUCAGAUCAACAACAAGGAGAGAACGCUGACAAUCAAGAGCGCCAGUCCAGACGAUAACGGCCUGUACUACUGCUGCGCCAAGAACGCAGCCGGACACGUCUGCAGCAGCAGCAACUUCACCCUCAACAUCAUAGAUAAAAGUUUCCCUCGGCCCGUAGUCACUCCAGAGGACCAGGUGGUGCUGAGGAACGAGGAGGCGGCCUUUCACUGCCAGUUUACUGCUGUUCCUGCCCCCACGCUGGAGUGGUACCACGACAGAGAGCUGCUGGUUAACAAGUCCCGGGUGAUCCUGAUGUCCAACGGCUCCCUGAUCAUCACUCAGGUCAAAAACAGAAACACCGGGACGUAUAAGUGCGUUGGCCGGGGCGUCAGCGGGGCCCACGUCACUCUGGAAGCCUCCCUCCUCAUCGCAGAGAUCGAGGACAUGGUGCCUAAGAUGUCCAAGGUUUUCACAGCGGACACCCUGCAGCGGGUGACGUGUCGACCCCCACGCGGCAGACCUGACCCCGAAGUGUGGUGGGAAAGAGAGGGACAGCGAGUCCCCACAGAGGGUCGAGUGUACCAGGACAGCCUGGAUCUGGUCUUCGCCCCCACAGAGGGCGGAGACUCUGGGAUUUACACCUGUGUGGCUCAGAACAAGGCGGGGCGGAGGACCCAGGAGGUCACCUUCACCGUGGCGACGGCUCCAUCGUGGGUGACGAAGCCUCAGGACAGCCUGUUAGAGGAGGGGAAACCGGGCUACCUCCACUGUCACGCUCAGGCCAACCCUGAACCCGAGGUCACCUGGUACCGCAACAGCAUGGGGAUCACAGCAGAGGACUCUCGCUUUAAGCUGUUUCCUAACGGCACCCUCAGGAUCAAUAACGUGGAGGUGUAUGACGGGCAGAUGUACAGCUGUGAGACUCAGACUGCAGCAGGGAAACUCAGCGGACAGGCCAGGGUAACAGUUCUAGAGAAGCUGAAGUUCACCCCGACCCCUCAGCCCGCUCAGUGCCUGGAGCUCGACAACGAGAUCACCAUCCAGUGUUCGGCCAAAGGCAGAGAGCCGCCCACCAUCCGCUGGACCAAAGCAGAUGGAGGAGAGCUGCCGCCUCACGUGGAGCAGAGGAACGGUCAGCUCCACUUCAGCAAAGUGACCCGCAGUGAUGCCGGGAACUACACCUGCAUCGCCACCAACAGCCUUCAGGGAGAGAUCCGAGCGCUGGUGUCGCUCACUGUGGCCGUCUACAUCCGCUUCAAAGUGGAGCCGGAGAACACCACGGUGUACCAGGGUCACACCGCCGUCCUGCACUGCCAGGCCUCUGGAGACCCCGAACCCCACAUCCACUGGAUGGUCAAAGACCGUACGCUGGACAUCAGCAAGAGCAGGAGGAUCCAGAAGAUGCCGAACGGCUCGUUGGUGAUCAGAGACGUCACCACAGAUGACACGGGCAGGUACACAUGCGUGGCCGGAAACAGCUGCAGCAUCAGAGACCGCGUGGCCAAGCUCUUCGUGGUCGACAAACCAAACCACAACUACGGCGAUGAGGAGGACAAGGCUCCUUACAAGAUGAUCCAAACCAUUGGCCUGUCUGUGGGGGCCGCCGUGGCGUACAUCAUCGUGGUUCUGGGACUCAUGUUCUACUGCAAGAAGAGACGCAACGCCAAACGCCAGCAGAAGGGCCAGGACGGAGAGGAGCCCGAGAUGGAGUGUCUCAACGGAGGAGCUGUUCAACAAAACGGACACACCACGGCAGAGAUCCAGGAGGAGGUCGCUCUCACCAACAUGGGCAUCACGGCCACGACGGAGAAACGCCACAGCCACGUCAACAACGACAAGCUGCACUUUCCUCGAGCUAACCUGCAGACCAUCACCACUCUGGGUAAAGGUGAGUUCGGCGAGGUACUGCUGUGUAAAGCUAAAGGUUUGGAGGAGAGCGAGGACGAGACGGUGGUUCUGGUGAAGAGUCUGCAGACCAGAGACGAGCAGCUGCAGCUUGACUUUCGCCGUGAGGCCGAAAUGUUCGCCAAGCUCAGCCACCCCAACGUGGUCCGCCUGCUGGGUCUGUGCAAGGAGUCGGAGCCUCACUACAUGAUCCUGGAGUACUAUGACCUGGGAGACCUCAAGCAGUUCCUGAGGAUUUCUAAAAGCAAAGAUGACAAGGUCAAAUCUCAGCCAAUCAGCACCAAGACCAAAGUUUCCAUCUGUGCCCAGGUGGCUCAUGGGAUGGAGCACCUGUCCAAUCAUCGCUUCGUCCACAAAGACCUCGCCGCCAGAAACUGCCUGAUCAGCAGUCAGAGACGCGUCAAAGUGUCGGCGCUCAGCCUCAGCAAGGAUGUCUACAACAGCGAGUACUAUCACUACAGACAGGCGUGGAUCCCUCUGCGCUGGCUCCCUUCAGAGUCCAUGUUCGAGGAUGAUUUCUCCACAAAGUCUGACGUGUGGGCCUUCGGUGUGCUGAUGUGGGAGGUGUUCAGUCACGGGGAAAUGCCACACGCCAAAAUGAACGAUGACGAAGUGCUGGAAGCUCUGCAGGCGGGGAAGCUGAAGCUCCCCCCUCCUGAUGGCUGUCCGUCUAAAAUCUACAAGCUGAUGUGUCGCUGCUGGGCACUCAGCCUGAAGGAGCGCCCGUCCUUCACCGACAUCGUCAACGCGCUGGGGGAGCUGCCUUCAGACAGCAAAGUCUGAGACCGCCAUCAGACCACACUGAGGGGGACUUUGACCAAACCCCUCCCCCCCAAAUAAAGACAGGAUGCUGGAUUAUUCUCUCACAUUUCAGGGAGGAGGGUCGAGGAGAAAUAAAAACUCUUUUUUAUGCAUUUCAAACAGCGGCGUUGUGGAUGAGACUUCUUUAAAUCAGAGGAAACAGACUCGUGUUUGUGUAGACGGCGUCUCGUUAGCAGAGCGGAGUUUACAUUUGCCUUAACCGCAGCAUGGACCACCUCUCCCCACGCCCUCCCAGAGCCCGUCUGUGGUUUCACUGUGACCCUGCCUGCUCGCCGUACUGUCCCAGAGACAUCUCUGAUCCAUGGAGCCUCACAACCUCAGUGCCUCUACCCCUCCACUCACGCUAGGCCAGACUGGACUGAUUCUAGGGGGUUAGAUCCACGUUUCCUUAACGUCAGUGGGCAAAGUCAGGAAAAGUUUUGAUUUUAGAAGUUAAAUCUAAGGUUGUCAGAAUGUUUGAUUUUUUUAGAUACCAUAUUUUUAAACGGUACAAUCGCUGGAAAGUAUCGAAGCUUUGAAACAGAACUACAGUUCAUAAGAAAGGUGAAUCCAUCAAGGCAAACUCCUGCGGUGUCUUAACUGCUCAAAACAUUUGCAGCAUUUCCAUACUGAAGGGCACAAAGUGCAAUUUAGACAUUCUGUAGAAGUUUGACUGCAUUUUUUGCCCAGUUAAAGUCAGACAUGACCCAGUCGCUACACGACUGUCAGCUUAAAAGUAAUAGAUGAGGGAAUUAGGCCCUUAAAUUGAGACUUUUAUGUUCCUUUUUUACCCAUGAACCAAACCUGGGACCCCAAAACCGAGGUACAAACUGAACCAUGAACCAUUAAACCCCAUCACGACAUGCAUUUCUGUUUUUACAAUGCCAGGAUUUUUUAUUUUUUACCAAAGAAAGUUUUAGACAAACAGCAGGCAUAAUACAACAUAUACAGAGGAAAUAUAAAGGCACAGUUAGCAAAUUUCAGUAUGAAAUAUUCACCAGAAUCCACCACAAUAUGGGUGCAAUGAUGCUACAAUAAGAAAAUAUCAUUUUGGUGCCACGGCAAUAAAAUAGAAGUCCUAGACACCCAAAAAUGUAUUAUUGUUUUAGUGAGUAAAAAUAGCAGGCAGACUCCUUAACAGAGUUUAAAGAGCUCAAAAACAUCACUGCAUAGAAGCUACCUGUUGUAUUUGUGCCAGUGAGGCAUUUUCAGGAGUUUGCCUCUAUUUUUUCAUGGAUUCUGUCCUCUGUUGGGCACCUGUCUUAAGAAAUAGAUGGAGUUCUUUUUUUAUUUAUGAUCACAGUUAGAGGGAUUGUGCCAGUUUAAAGUAAAUGGUAUCAAAAAGCCGCGGUUCACUGCCCAGAGAAUGGUGGAUCUUUCCCUCCAGGUGGGGUUAGUCUCUGCCUCGAGUGGACUCCAUGCAUCUGAAGGUCUUCUCCACUAGUGAGGGGAAAAUGAAGCGUAACAGCUGGAUUGGUGCUGCGGUGUUGCAGGCACUGUACUUGUGGUGAAGAGGGUUAAGAUUCUGAUUUUCUGUUCCCACCCUUUUAAACAUUUUGACAACCUCUAUCCUCAGUCUGUUAUUAGCCUAUCUCUGUGCUCCAGCGUGUUAAAACCACGGUGGAUUUGGGGUUUUGCAUGAAGGUUUAUCGUCUGUUACUCUGGUGAGGAACCUCGUGGGAAAAAUUCAUGAAGAAAAACUUCAGGAACAUUUAACAGAAUCACGUUUAUAGCCAAGGAGUUUGUUAAAUAGACGCUGUCGAGUGUGUUCUUUUAUUAACGUUUCGGUGCUAAUCACAGGGCACAAGCGGGUCAGAAACUCCCGCCAUUUUACUUUAUCAUGGCGCAGGGAAGCAGCCUAUCACUGUGGUAAACCUGCAGCGUCAUUUCUUCAGAGGUCCAAUCACAGUUCCCGUCUCGGUCUGAGCGCUGCAGAGCGCCAGACGGUCACUGAGGUUGUCAGUGUGUUCCUUACUUUGAUGCUUUUUGAUACCACAUGCUUCAAAACAAUGCAAGCUCUGUUAAUCUGUUAUUUUAAUGAUUGAUAGUGGUGAAAUGCGUCAAAACAUUUAAACUAGUACAUCAUCCAUCUUUAGGAGAGGAAUAAAUCCAUCAAAAGCUGCAGGCAAACUCCUGCAGAAGUUUUUAUCCACAGCAACAGAAGAAGUAUGAGCAACUUCUUGUUUUUAAUGAUUUAAAAUUGCAGAAAAACUCCAGCAGAUUCCAACAUAAAUUGCACAAUAACAUUGGCUACAUCUCGGUACUGAAACUAUGCUGGUGCUUUUGUGCAGUUUAGACAGCGUGCAAGGGUUUGCCUGCAAUUUUUGCCUUAAAUGUAUAUUUACUGUCACUUUGAGCCUCUUAACCUACAUAGGAAAGGGACGAAUCCUCCAUAAACUUCGGUAUUUGGACACACAAAUGUUUGUGUGCAAUUUAGACGACAGAGAGCAGAUUCAAGGGCAAUUUGUGAGUUUAGAAAUCAGCCAUCACUGGGUGCCUGAAACUACUAUUUUUGUCCCCAUGAAGACCAGUAGGCAUCAGUAAAGGCUGAUUUUUACUGAAAUUAUAGCAAAGUUAAAGCUUUAGCAUCUCUACAUUUUAUUUUACUUUGUUUUACCAUCAUUAGGAGUCUAGUUUGCUUGUUUUCCUGAGAUUUUGCCUCAUUAUUGUCCUUAUCUUGUGGUAACAGCUCUGAUUUUUCCUCUAGAUUGAGCCAAUUUAAAAGUUUUCUUUAGACUUUAGAAAAGUACCUCAUUGCCACGAGAAAACCAGAGUUUUUGUCCUGAUAUAAAGUCAAAGAUAAGUAAAGACUUUAAGAAAACAAGUGUUACCUGUGCACAAAAGGUUUAAGCUGAAACCGUUUUAUUUAAACAUUGCAUAUGUCGCACAAAAACAUGGAAACGUUGCCCGUGUUUUUGUGGAUUCAGGAGAGAAAUGGUUUGUGAAGUGGUUUCCAAACUGGGGUCAGGUUACCCUCAAGGGGGCGUUAGAGAUCUCUUGCGGGGUCCUGUUUGCUCUGAAGUUGUCAAAAUUAUAUGUGCAGAUAUUUCUUUAAAGUCAUGAUGAGAAACAUAAAAUAAAAUAUGUCGGUGCAUUAGAGCCACUUUAGGAUUAAAAAUAAAGAGGAUAUGUUCAUUUUGAAGUGAAAAAUCUACAUUUUUGCAAUAAAAAGUCGUAUAUAUUUAUAACACCAAACACAGAAUUAAAAGUCAUAAAUUUAAACAUUAUAAAACUCAAAAAUGUGAAGUUUUUAGAGUCAUGCAUUUAGAAAAAAACUAAUUUUAAACAGUGGCUGGAUAGACCCAGUUCACAGAAACAACUUCUCUGAAUCCAGAUAAUGAUGUGAUGGUUCUGGGCUUAAAUCACAAAUAUUUCCUAACUGAUCAGUCCCAAUAUUCUGAUUGAUUUGAUCAGGAUCUCAACAGCAGGACUGGUGUGAGGAGAACAUUUUCAUCUGGUUGGAUUUCCUUCCAGCUGUUUUGACUUUGGAAUCUCUAAAAUUCAAAGAUUUGGUUCACAUCAAUUUAGGACAAAAACUGAGGGUUUUUUCUCAUAAAUUUACAAUUUUUUCAACUUAAAUUUUUUUUUUUUCUCAUUAAUAUACAGAUCCUCUUUAUUUUGUUUUUUUAGAGUUGCCCAAAUAUGGCGCCAUUAUAAUAAAUAGGUGGCACGGCGGCGCAGGAGUUAGUGCUGUUGCGCUGUUGCUGGUUCGCUUCCCGGUCAGGGCCUUUCUGUGCGGAGUUUGCAUUUUCACCCCGUGCACGCGUGGGUUCUCUCCGGGUACUCCGGCUUCCUCCCACCACCAAAAAAACAUUCUCAUU